GCCACUGAGUGUCGAUGGGUAACAACUUCUCUCUCACCAUGUGAAGGACCUCGUCUCCCGGUUCAGUUUGGUGAUGGUGGGCAAGUGUUUCCCGAGGACGCGAUAGAAGACUUGAUGUGGUUGUAACUAUGGUUACGUCAGGGCGGAGGGCGUGGGCCCUCUCCCCCAGUGGGCUCGUGCUGGUCAUCUGCUCGUCCGUGUGUCUGUCCCAGCAGCCUCGCAUCACGCCGGCAGACUGCAGCACAAAGGAGCACCCCGUUGUCUCCUACCAAGCGCUGAGGCCGUGGAUGUCGGAGUUCUCCCACCCGGGGGUGAGGGACUUCUCUCGGCUGGCGCCGGACCUGAGCAGGAACCAGCUCAUCGUGGGAGCGAGGAACUUCCUCUUCAGACUGAGUUUGAGCAACGCCUCGCUCAUACAGGCGACAGAAUGGGCCCCCGAUGAAGAUACAAGGCACUCCUGUCAGAGCAAGGGGAAGACCGAGGUGGAGUGUCAGAACUACGUCCGCGUGCUGCUGAUCAGCGGGACGACGCUCUUCACCUGUGGGACCAACGCUUUCACCCCCGUCUGUGUAACCCGGCAGAUUAGCAACUUCAGUCAGGUGUUGGACACGGUGAACGGCGUGGCCCGCUGCCCCUACGACCCGCGCCACAACUCCACCGCCAUGGUGACGGAGCGCGGCGAGCUGUACGCCGCGACGGUGAUCGACUUCUCCGGGCGGGACCCCGUCAUCUACCGCAGCCUGGGCAACAUGCCGCCGCUGCGCACCGCCCAGUACAACUCCAAGUGGCUCAACGAGCCCCACUUCGUGUCCGUCUACGAGAUCGGCCGGUUCGCCUACUUCUUCCUGAGGGAGACGGCGGUGGAGAACGACUGCGGGAAGGUGGUGUUCUCCCGCGUGGCGCGGCUCUGCAAGAACGACAUGGGCGGGCGCUUCCUCCUCGAGGACACCUGGACCACCUUCACCAAGGCUCGGCUCAACUGCUCGCGCGCGGGAGAGAUCCCCUUUUACUACAACGAGCUGCAGAGCACUUUCCACUUACCGGAGCAGGACCUGAUCUACGGCGUGUUCACCACCAACGUGAACAGCAUAUCAGCGUCUGCCGUCUGCGCCUUCAAUCUGAGCUCCAUCACCCGGGCCUUCAACGGACCCUUCCGCUACCAGGAGAACCCCCGCACCGCUUGGCUCUCCACGCCAAACCCCAUACCCAAUUUUCAGUGUGGCACGCUGGAGGAGGGGGGACCGGGGGGGAACCUGACCGAGCGCAGCCUCCAGGACGCCCAGCGGCUCUUCCUCAUGAACGACGUGGUCCAGCCGCUCACCGUCGACCCUCUGCUCACCCAGGACAACCUGCGCUUCUCCAAGCUGGUGGUGGACAUCGUCCAGGGCCGAGACACCCUCUACCACGUCAUGUACAUCGGCACCGAAUAUGGCACCAUCCUGAAGGCUCUCUCCACAACCAAUAAACGCCUCCGAGGCUGCUACCUUGAGGAGCUUAGGCCCCUCCCCCAAGGGCAAAUUGGAUCGAUUAAGAGCCUGCAAAUCCUUCACAAUGACAGGUCUUUGAUUGUUGGGCUUGAUGACAGGCUGGUGAAGAUCCCGUUGGAGCGCUGCUCCAGCUAUCCGACUGAAAGUCAGUGCACGGAAGCGCGGGACCCUUACUGUGGCUGGGAUCACAAGCAGAAGCGCUGCACCACCAUCGAGGAGAGCUCCAACAUGAACCAGUGGACCCAAAACAUCACCGAGUGCCCAGUGAGGAACAUGACACGGGAUGGCGGCUUUGGUUUGUGGGCGCCGUGGCAACCGUGUAGCCACGACGACGGCGAGGGCUCCGUCAGCAGCUGCGCGUGCCGGUCCCGCUCGUGCGACGGACCUCUGGCUCGGUGUGGCGGGAUCGCAUGCGAGGGCCCGCUCAUCCAGGUGGCGAACUGUUCCAGGAACGGCGGCUGGACCCCCUGGUCCUCGUGGGGCCAGUGCAGCAGCAGCUGUGGCAUCGGAUUCGAAGUGAGGCAGCGGUCCUGCAACAACCCCUCGCCCCGCCACGGCGGUCGAAUCUGUGUCGGCCAGGGACGAGAGGAGAGGCUGUGCAACGAGAAGAAGCCUUGUCCGAUGGCAGUGUCCUGGACAGCCUGGGGCCCCUGGGCUCACUGCAGUGCUGAAUGUGGAGGGGGGGUCCACUCCAGGAGCAGAACCUGUGAGAGCGGCGACAGCUGUCCUGGAUGCUCCAUGGAGUACAAGGCCUGUAACCUGGAGGCCUGCCCCGAGGUGCGCCGCAACACCCCCUGGACGCCCUGGAUGCCGGUCAACGUCAGUCAAGACGGGUCCCGGCAGGAGCAGAGAUUCAGGUACACCUGCCGGGCGCUGCUCCCCGAGCCCCAGCAGCUGCAGCUGGGCAAGAAGAAGACGGAGACCCGGUUCUGCCCCAACGACGGGUCCGGAGCCUGCCAGACCGACGCUCUGGCGGACGACUUGGUGAAGGUCAGCGGGCGCACUCUGUCCCAGCCCCAGGGCGUGCGCUGGGGAUUGUGGGAAACGUGGUCCAGCUGUUCCCAGCCGUGUUCCAGGGGCUUCCGAACCCGGAAGCGUAGCUGCUCGACCGCGGAGGGCCGGACCAACCCCGGCGCCUGCGUGGGCUCCCCGGUGGACUACCAGGACUGCAACGCUCAGCCGUGCCCAGUGAGCGGGUCCUGGUCCUGCUGGUCCUCCUGGUCCCAGUGCUCGUCCAGCUGCGGGGGCGGAUACUACCAGCGGACUCGCACGUGCAGCAACCCGCCCCCCGCCAGCGGGGGGGACAUCUGCAUCGGCCUGCACACCGAAGAGGCGCUCUGCAGCACACACGCCUGUGAAGAUUGGGGUGAAUGGACGGGCUGGGGGGACUGUGACAAAGAGGGGCUGCAGCAUCGCACUCGGCCCUGUGGCGAGGAGCGCGGCGCUGAGGCCGGUCUCUGCCAGGGUAACGUCACCCAGUCCAGGCCCUGCCAGCCUCAUGAGGUGCCAGUUAUUUUACCCGGACAAGAGGACCAGAGCUGUGGAACCUUUACCUUGUUCCAGUUGGUCGCCGUGGGCGCGGCCAGCUUCUUCGCCGCCGCCCUGCUGUCGGCGCUGGCCUACACCUACUGCCGCCAGCUGAGCCGGCCGCCCGCAGAGUCGGGCGUCAUCCACCCGAGCACCCCCAACCACCUCGCCUGCAACAAGCGGGGCAACGCCACGCCAAAGAACGAGAAGUACAUCCCCAUGGAGUUCAAGACGCUAAACAAGAACAACCUGCACGUCAACGACGAGACGUGCAACCACUUCCCCUCCCCGCUGCCCUCCGGCAACAUGUUCAGCACCACCUACUACCCGCCCAGCCUGGGCAAGUACGACUUCCACCCGGACUCGCCCUGCAGGACCUACAUGCACAGCUGAGGGGAGGUCAGGCACCAAAAAACAACCGGUCAUCUGCACUCACUCAUUUUUCGUAGAUUCGCUGUCACGUUCCAGUUAGACGACAUGUUAAAGACUCAGUUCACACAUUAGAUCCGUGCAUGCAGAUUGUUUGAAAAAAUAGAAAUAAAAUGACAUUCUUUAAAGAAUUCUGCUGAAUUUCCAGGACCAUGUUGCCUUUACGUAACAUCAUAGAUUUUUUUUGUCCUUCAUGAGUCGCUUCAGUUUAAAGGUUUGGAGCAAGCACUGUGUGUUGCCUCAUCGUAGCCUCAUACCACCAGACAAACUUCUGCAAAACUCCUCUUUUGUUGGAGGCAGAAGAAUAAGUGGCGACACGACGUGCCGAUCGUGCAGUCGGGCCCUCGGGUGCAGCAGACCUCUUGGGCCGCGCGUGGAUCUGGAUAUCCGCUGGACUGAGAAGAGACUCUAUUGCUUUUCCUUUUUCCUCGUUGUCAGCAGGUCGGUUCAGCGGACUCACUUAUACUGUAAGAUAUUUUAUUGGGAUUGACUUCAGUUAAGACUUAUAUCUGUGAUAAAAAAAAAAAAACAUGAAAAGGAGACACAAUUGUAAUAAUUGUUCCAUCACUUCAUCCCUCACUGUGUGAAUGAAACAAUCAACUUCUGAAUCUGUAACGAUCUUACAGAUUUCUGGCUUAUUAGCUUUCAUUAAAAUGUUUAGCAGGAUCCACGAUCAAAAACAACACAGAAGUGUGGAUAAUAUUAAUUAUUGUAUGUGAGUACGCAGAUUUGAAUGGAUGCAUUAUUCAUGUAGUUAACAUAUGGGGCAUGUUUUUGGCAGUCAUUUCUUCUGGAUGUUGCAUUAAGGUUAUUGUUUCAUAAAUCACAAAAAAUAUUAUGCAGCUAUUUUCAGAGGCUCUCACCAUAAAUCAGCCACAAGCUUCUGAGCUGCAGUGCAGUGAAACACAAAGGUAUCGAUGUGAUGGUUUCAAGUCUGCAUCUAGUUUUUAUGGUUCACUGAAAAUAAUGGUAAACAAUGGAGACCCAAAUGCUAAACGACACUGCUUUUCAACGACACUUUUAUUUCACAUUGUACAAAAGCAUUGUGUUUAAGAGCCCCAGUUGCUAUUAUUUCCAUAUAUGUGAAUGUGAGAAUGUUUCCUUUGAGUGACACAUCUUGUAAUCAGGGGUCAGUCAUUUUAGAAAUAUUUCAAAGAAGAAUCCUGAAAGAAACGGUUUAAAGUGGUAAAGUAAAUCAAUACAAAUCAGUUUAUUAUGAUUAGCAUUGAUAUUAUGCAUCAAUACACUAAAAUGCCACAAUUAAGCUCCCCACCACCUGUUUUUAGUUACAAGUAAUAUUGUUGUUUACAGUAAAACAUCUUGGGAAUUAAAACGUAAAAAAUCAAAUAUAUGUAACGCUAACAAAUAGCCCAAAACAGAACGCUCUUCACACAGUACGGGAUUGCUAGUGUUUAAGCUAUUCAAUGCUGUAAAUUGUAUAUCUGCAUAUCGCAAAUUCCUAAAUUGUAAAUACUAAGAACUGAAUUUGUGUGUUUCUUCAUCUGCAGUGUUAUGUUGAAUGAAACAAAUGACCAUGAUGAUGUGUUUUCACCUUUGGGUGCUUAUGAAUAAGUGGUCGCAUACGCUGACUCACUAUGUACAACAUUUUUUGUAUGUAUUUGGCUUAAAUAAUGGGAAUAUUGAUUUUUAAAGAGGCGUUGUCACCCUGUGCGGUGACAGGGAAGGUUGUGCUUGGUAUUUAAAGUCAACGGAUCCCUAGAAUUGAUUUGUUCCCCCAAAGCUUCUCUGCUCUUAUAAUAUGAUGUGAAUCUGACUUAACACUGCCUUUUGGACACUGUGAACUUUUGGUACUCUAUAUUUUUGUAUAAUGUACUCUGUAAAAAACAAAAAAAGAUAAAUAAAUACAUUUCGGUGCCAAUCUA